UUAGUUUUUCUUUUCAGAAGUUUUUAGCUUUUUUGACAGCCAUACAAUUACAUGAAGGAUUAGUAGGUGUGUAAGAUUCCAUAACAUGUACUGCAGCCUUCGCAAUUCUUAUUGACACUCGGCAUACUUUUAAAGUUUACGAGCUCAUGUCAGCAAUUAUUUGAUGCAGUAAAAUCGCACAUAAGAAGUUCUUAUGGCUUUUGCGAUCACACAUGAAAACAAAAAAAUAAAAAAAACAUUGAAAACAAUUUGUAACCAUUUGUGGUUAAAUUAAUUCAUCAAGGAAAACACUGAAAUUUAUUUAAUUAAAUGCUGUUUUUUCUGCACUGAACUUGUAAUAUUUAAUUAUACUUUUAAACUAAUGUUUUUAAAUUGGAUAUUAUUUUAUAGUUUAUUAAGAUAAAUAAUGCUUCUUUCCAAUAAAAAAAUUGUAACUUCGGUAGCUAAAGAUAAAAAUUCACAUUUCACGAGCAAGAGGAAACAUUUCCCUAAAAUUAAAACUACAUUGAGAGCAAAAUGAUAUGUGAAAUGAGAGCGCUUUUAAUGCUAUAUAAUGUGUGGAAACAUAAAUUACUGACUGAAGUAGUAAGUUUACCAACGUGUUUUGUUCAAUUCAAAAACCAUGUCAGCAAAAUUUCGCCAACACGAGUUACAAGUACUGUAACAUGUUAAAGGAGAACUUGCAUACAAGAAAGUAUUGAUGGAAGAUGUAAUUGUGACUAUAUAAUUUAGACUAUGUAAUUUAUUAUCAAAUUGCGAGAAAAGUGUGUCAUAUUGGAAAAUGUUCAGAACUAGAUCAAAAUAUGAAGCAAAAUGAAACCAAAAAUUUAGCAUUGGAUGUGGAAGUAACAGAAGAUAGUUUGGAGUAUUUUUUGUCAGAGGAUCUGGUUUUCGUACAAUAUUUCAACAAUUUCCUAUCUCUCCCAGCUUUUUCACAACGUCUCACUUACAACGUAUUUAGUAGUUGUUUUGAAGAAUUCAAAAAUAUUCUUGUCAAUGAUAAUGAUGGAAAACAGGUAGCUUCGUUAAAAAGCAUUUCGAAGAGUGACACAGAUGAAAACAGAAGUAGAAUAAGCUACUAUGUGAAGUUUCUUGACAAACAGCAAGGUUUGGAUUGGGUUAAAAAAAAUCGUUUCCCAUUGUUUUUAAAAAGUGAAAUAUAUGCUGAUUUUAAGCUUUCAAAGUUAUUAUCAGAGUCACAAGUUGCUUUUUUAAACAAGCUGCUAAGCGAUGGAUACACAGCUUGUGAAGAUGGACUUAGCUAUUGUUCAAGCCCAUCAGAGAGAUCAGCUAUAUCGUGUGCUGAUACAAACUCUACUACUGAUGAGACUGCGUCACUAACAAUACCAUCAUAUGUAGAUGGUAAAGAUAUCAGUAAUUUACCCAAGUGGCAACAGAAGUUGUAUGUAAACUCACUAAGUGAAGGGAUAACACAAAAUGAAUCCGAAGUAUUUGAUGGUAAGAAAGUUGAAGAAUGCAACCAAGAUGGUAAUAGUAAAAUCGAAAAUGUUAGACAAAUAAAACCUGACGUGAGGAAGUAUGUAGAUGAGACAAUAGAUAGCUGGAAAAAGAAAUACUGUAUUAAACCACAUUUCGCCAGGCAACAUUCAGAUUUAGGUUUUGUCGAAGAAGUAGAUGAAGAAAAAGAUUCCGAAUAUGAUGAAGAAGAGGAUGGAGAGUAUAAUGGAGUGUAUAAUGAACAUUAUGGUGGACAAUUCGAUGAAGACAAUAAGCCGCUUGAAUCUUCUAGUGGCAUUAGACUUGACAAUAAUGAAAUAGUAGUUGAAGCAACACCAUCCAACAUUGCCAGCUGUGACAUUUCCGUUCAAAUUAAUGACAACUGCUUUUUUUUUCCUGACGACAAUCUAAAUCCUUUGAUAUAUGAAACUAACCGAGGCUUUAGUGCAGAAAAGAUUGAGUACUUUAUGAAUAAAUUAACUUAUAGGAGAUCAGUGGAAGAUGUAAAAUCUUGUAUGACAGAACAACAGGGUGAAGUGUUGAGUGAUUGUGAUGAUGCACAUAUCACUGAAAUAUUGCUGGCUGUAGAUCAGCGUCACAACACUCAAUAUGAAAAAAAGAUAUCUGAUGAAUUAUCUGCAAGUAUUUUUAAAUAUCCCUUGUGUUUUCCUCUGAAUUUAUCAUGUAAGCAAGGCUUGGAUGCGUUUAAAGAAUUUUUAUUUGGAACACCUGGCGAAAAGAAUUUGUUGCUUUGGUUAGAUGUUGAAAGAGCAAGACAUUUAGAUCAAGUAGAGAGAGAAAGAAUGUUGAGAAAUUUGAAAGAUCGAUUUAUACGUUCUGGAGCACCUUAUGAAGUCCCUACUGCGAUUCGAAAAAGUUGGGGACUUACUGAUGUUACAGAGAUUAGUAUGGAGAGGUUGAUUUUCAUAAGAAAAAAAAUUGUUGAUCCACUUUUGAAAUACUGGUGUCCACGCUUCACAUAUCAUCAAUAUCAAGAAAAGAAGAAAUAUUAUAAUGAGUUGUGUUAUCAUGAACGAAUGCGACGUGAGUCACGUGACAGGCUUGCUCAAAGACCGAUGUCAUGCGUAAAUCACUUGAAAACUGAAAGCAAGAUCAGUUUAAAUGGUUCCUUUACUGAUUCGGAUUCUGGAAUAUUCUGUACAGAUCAAGUGGAAAGAUUGGAUAGCGGUAUCACAAGAAAGAUGCUGCGCGUAAAAUCUGCUUACCCUCGUCUGAUGUCAGCAAAAUCAACCAAUCAAACAAACGCUGGUAGCGAGCAGUUACAACUUGUAUCAAGUUUUCAUGACGGAGGUUUCGGAUUCAAACCACCCGUGCCGAAGUAUUUUCAUAAUGAUGCUUCAAAUUAUGACCACAAGAGUAAUUUUCGUCUUUAUAUACAACCUAUUCCAACAUUUAGUUCGACUGCAUCGAAUAUAAAAAGCACACCAAAUUUUAAAGAGGACGAAGAUCUAAACGGAAGUACAGAAUACGAUAAAAAAAUGGAUUUUCUUGUAGAUGUUUUGUUACAUGAGAAACACACUGGCAAUUAUUUCCUGAAAUAUCUGGAACAGCAAAAUGUGAAACUUUGGCUUGACUGUUAUAUGUUUUGGCAUGCGUUGCAGGAGUAUACUGAGCACUUUUUUGCAGAUGUUUUUACUCCUCUCUGUGUGAAAAGAAAAGCUAAUUAUAUUUACACGGUGUAUGUGACAUCAAAAAGCGAACAUGAUUUGCAGUGUUCUGUGGAUGUUCAAACAAAGAUAUUUCAACAGUUGGAUCCGCCAUACGAAGAUUUGUUUGAUUGUGUUGAGCAACGAGCGCUAGAUAUCCUUAUUCAACCGUGCUUACAGUUAAGCAUCAAAGAGAGGCUAAACUAUAGGCAGUUGAAACCAGAAGAGGAGUUAAAGUACAUCGAAGUAAAUAAAAAAUGGCGUUACGAGGAUAACUCGACGUCAGACGAACUUGUUGAUGCCAGUGUCACAAGUUGUGAUGAGGAGGAGGACAAAAUAUCCCCUGAUGAAGUCGACACUCCAUUUCCUACCUCUCAAGAUGGUGUUGACUUUGAAAGCCUGCUAAAAAAUAAAACCGAGCUCGAAUAUUUUCAAUCUUUUUUGGAAUCCAGGCACAGACAAGGUAUCGUUGAUUUAACAGCGUGGACGGACAUGGAGUUGUUCAGACGCUUACCACAACCGACUACCGCCAAAGAACAAGAAGAACGAGAUAGAUUAUGUAUCGAAAUUCGCGAGAAGUGGUUGAACAAAAGUUAUUUUUUCGGUAGCAAUUCACCAGCUUCAAAAGAAGCUAUUAAACAGAUUUUAGAGCUCGCAGGUGGUGUAAAGGUUCUCCCUUCCCGUCCAAGUAGUCCAGUUAUUCUUGAAACUCAAAAAUACGCGCGCGGUCGUGUUGAACGAAGAUGGAUGAAGUUGUACAAAGAAACGAAGGAGUAUAAAGAAAGAAAGAAAAAGAAAAGUUGUGUCGCUGAACUUGUUGAAGAUUUAGUUAUGAAGAAAAAAUUACAACGCAGUGAACAAGCAUGGAGAUUGUUGAAUAGCCGUUGGAACGCAGGAGGUCGUGAUGUAGCAGCGCUUCGCAAAGCUUUAUCUGAUCCUGGUGAACGUGAAGUUUUUCGAAGAUUUAUCAGUAUCCAUGGUGACAUGAUGGAAAACAAUUUAAACUUUUGGUUGGAAGUGCAAAAAUAUAAGGAGCUGUGCCACAACCAUGUGGAAGGGAAGCUUAUCAAACGAAAAAUACAAACUAUCAUUGAUGUUUUUAUAAAAUCAUCCCUCCCACCUGAGUUACAAGUUGACAUACCAAUUGAAAUAGCGGAGAGGUUGUACGACAAGGCUUGCGGAAGACCGCCCCAGCGUGGCCCCUACUUGUUUCGCGAAGCCCAGGCGACUGUGUUUAGGCUGUUGUAUAAUUUUUGGAAGGAGUAUAGCAUCUUUCGCUCGCAAUUAGACGAUGGAGUAAGUCCAGCUCAAUCAUUACAACAUUUACAAAAACAGCAUGCUGAUGACAUCACAAGAAAGAAAAUGCUAAUCGAGCGAAGAAGAUUGUCGAAGUUGAUAAAUGAAAAGAAGAAGAAGCGAGAAUAUAUACCGAAAGAAAGAUCAAAACCUGCUGAUUUGAUUAGUUACAUGACGAAGACGAUUGAAUCGAACGCCGACGCAGAGAAUGAUCACUUGACCACUUCGUUCGCUUACUCGAAAUAUAUUGCUCAAACUGAAUUGAAGUCGUUGGAAGCAAGAAUGAAGAAGGAAGGAAUAUCUCUACAAGACGUUCCAGAAUCAAACAAGUUAGAUUUAUUAAAAGACAAACCUCUUGGUGACAAUACUUCGGACAUUUCAGUGGCAAGAAAAUCCUUCAAGUCGAUAUUUACUUUGGAUGCGGUGCCUUCAUCCAACAACAACAACAACAACAACCGCAAAACAAGUCAGUUAUUUGAAUGCAGUUUAGAGCAGAACACAAACAGAGAAUCUAAACCAAGCCUUUCAAAAGUAACAAGCGUGCAUUUUAACAUUGCUCGCAAAAGUCAAAAUUUACAAAAAAGCAGUACUUGUGGAAAGUCGACAUCUCGGUUUGAUAAAAGCGCUCGUAUGUCUGAGAAAAAGAACUUAGAUCAAUUUAAACGUGGUCAGUUAGAGGUCUUAGAAGAGGGUAAGAAAUCUGGUAAUCGAUUGACAGCAAAAUCGUUGAAAGAGUUUGAACAAUCUGAAAAAGGCAAACCAUUAAAAGAUGCUUCAGUUUUGAACCGUAUUACAGCUCCACUUCCGACAACCACACAUGUAAUGAUGUUUCCCAAGAUUGAGUAUGCCUGUGAUCCGAAAUCGGAUGUUAUUAAGAGAACGGUAAAAAAUGUUGUAAACCCACGGUUACCACGAAAUGCUGGCACUGCUACCAUUUUGAAAAAAAUGGAGAAAGAAAGACCUAGGGUUGAAAGCCCACCUCCAAAAAUAAUGGCGGAUGUUGUUGUGUGCUGAUAAAUAAAAGAUUUGGAUGAAAGUUAUGUUGUUUUUUUAUGUAAAUAAAGUUAAAGAAAUAUGCAGUGGGCUGUCUCUAUCUUAAUGUCUUCAUAGAACAUCGCCUUUGUUUCUUUUGUCAUUUGUUAUUUUUUCAUUUAUCUCUAACUUUUCUUAUUGAACAAAUUUUCCUUAUGAGAUUUCACUAUAUAGUAAUAUAUUAUGUGUAUAUUUUUGUAAUAUUUUUAUGUAUAAAUUUUAGAGUGCCUUUAUUGUGUCAUCUAUUUAUUUUCAGAUAUAUUUAUACAUCAAAGAUCAAUAUUAUGGUAUAUAUUUUUUUAAUUUUAAGGUGGAGUUGAAAGUUUCCUUCGUCUUAAUUGAAGUAAAAUUUUAGACCGUAGACGUCUCUUACACCAACCAAGUAAUAACUGCGUAUGUGCAGUAGCACUUAUUUCGGUGUGUUUACGUUAGGUUUUUACUCGCAUCAUGUAGACAAUACAACGCUUCUCAACAGAGACCAAGGUGAUUUAAUUAGCGCGAACUGAAAUUCAUUUAAACGCCGCCUAAGUGUUAUGGCAGGGGAUAGAAUUAAAACAUUUAAAAAUUUACCUACAUAUAACAGAAGUCGUACAGAGUCUAGAAAGCAGGAUUUGACCUUAAAACUAGUAGAAGCGAAGAGACUUUGUAAAAUCGUGGUAUGGUUGGAAAUAAUUUUUUAUUAUUUUUAAUGAUGACAAAUAAUAUAUUUUAAAGAAGGAUGGUUUUGUAGAAUUUUUAACUUUGUUAGAUUAUGGUUAAGCAACCGAAUAUACGAACUUUGUAAAUAAAAUGAGACAUGAAAGUUU